GUCAAAUCGAACAAAAUGCGAUCGUCAGCACAAAAAGAAUACAUUAAAUCGUCAAUGAAAUUGAAACGGCAGGAGGAAAUGAUUGAGAAGAUGUUGGAGCAUUGCUUAGAAAACAUGAAAUUGGAUCCGGGAAUAAUGCGAGUUUUGAAGGACGAGCGAUGUUUCCGUGCCCUUGAAAGAAAAAAGUGGGCAACUCCGGUCCAAACGUUAGCCCGCGAUACCGAAAAAUCUCUCGACGAUAUCAAGAUGUCGAUGAGAGAUAUGCAAGAGGACCGAAAAAUCGACAUCGAGAGCUUUAGAGACAAACUCAUGUCCCUUGCGAGCAAAUUUCGUGAAUUCGAAAAAGAUACGACUAUGGAAGCACUGGCGAACGAAGAGAUGGAACUGGAUCGAGAGAUCAGUCUGCUGCCACUCGAUUCGAUGAAAAAAGAAAAUCGAACCUCGUGCCGACGCAAAAAAAGCAGAGAAAACAAUGUUACGGAUUUCCAGGAUUACAGAGGAGCCAAAGAUUUCGAUGCAUUGAUAGCGAAAACAGGUCACACUCAGUACUGGAGCGAGCCGGACCACUUGUUUUUUUUAAAAGUACGAAAGAAUUGUGAAAAUAUGACAUCGCUCGUAUCCGCAAUAAGAGCAAGGUGUCCAGAUUUGACAGCUGAACGAAUAAUAAAUCACGAAGCUUGGUACAAAGUGUAUCUCGAUUUGCGUGAAAAGCAGAGAAACGCGAUACGCGAAUGGCGUGAAAAUCGAGAGGCGAAAAAACAAGGAAAUAGAGCGAAGGGUGAUUCGGAGACUGAAAGUUGUGAGGAUGGUGAGAAGAAUGUCAGAGCUCGCGAAUCGUUGGUUAAUCGUCGAAAUUCGAAUGCAACGAUGCCGAAAAAUAAGACUCGUUUGGGUGGAAAAAACGAAGCAAGUAUGGCGAAAAAAGAAUUGGUAAAGCGUUGGAAAGCCGAGAAGAAAAAAGCAAUGUCUCUGGAAUCUGAACAAUCCCGUUCGGAAAUGGAGUCUCUUGGAACGCGGAAAGAAAAUCGCCGAUUGGCACGUGCCGCAGCAAUUAAAACUACGGUCGUUGCUUAUAAAGCAUCGAAAAUGGAAAAUACCACUUCAAGCUCGACUGCGAGCGUUGCGGAGUCCGAACGAGUGGCCUCAAAGACAAAACUCCUUAAAAUGUUGAAAAGUUACAGAUCCCAAGACGAGGAAUUCUUGAGAAGAAGAAAAGCGAUGCUGGAGAAGAAAAAAAUGCGCCCGAGUACAGUGGUGGCGAACAGCAGAGUCGACAGUCGUCCUAUCGCGGUGGUAUCGACGUUGCUGAAUCCGACGAAGGUUUGGCUGGAGAAGUGCAAAAAAGCCCCGAAAGAUCCGAAUGAGGCAGUUCUGUCCCGAGGCUUCUGUUACGUCAAGGAUAUUUCAAAAUUGGGCACAUAUCGGGGCACGUGGUGAAACCGCGAAUCCGGAUGAGAUGAUUCGUCCCUCCGAUCGUCGUCAACAACAACAUUGGAGAUCAACUGUUUCAUCAUCGCGAUAUAAAAUUUGAAAACAUUUGUAUUUUUGGAGUAAAGAAUUUGCAUUCCUC